AUGUGGGAACUUAGAAGGCUGAACUUGAAUUGGAAUGAGGCAGUGGAGUUGAGACUGGGACAGCUGAAUGAGACGGAUGAGUUUUAUCUUGGCGCAUAUGAAAGAGCAUAUCUAUACAAAGAGAAGAUAAAGAAGCACCAUGACCGGAGGAUUGCAAGGCGAGACUUUCAAAAGGGUGAUUGGUUACUCCUCUUCAACUCUAGAUUGAAUCUGUUUCUAGGUAAGCUUAAAUCAAAAUGGUCAGGCCCAUUCAAAGUUAACCAAGUCUACUCGUCUAGAGCAGUUGAACUUGCAAAUGAGGAUGGAAAUGUAUUCAAGGUUAAUGGGAAACAACUGGAGAUGCAUUAUGUCAUGCAAACUUCCUUUAACUAG